CCCCCUGUUUCUGUCCCCCUGCUCCCCUGCGCUGGGGCUGGGGGCUCUCUGCUGGGCUCGUGCUUGGGGGUCAGAGGAUGUGGCAAAGGCCCAGGUAGGGCGGCCCCAGGCCUAAGGGCAGAGCCUACUGCCCGAGGACUGCCAGGGCGGGCAGGAAGAGGAGUUCCGCGGAAGGUAUGAGCCGAUAGGGCCACCACUUCAGUGCCGCCGACCUCUUGAGUAAGCUCUGGCUUUGGGCUAUGUAGGUGUCGGGGUGGCUCCUGAGACAGGGCUUUGAGGCAAGGUAGCCAGUAGAGAUCCAUUUGGGAAAAGCAGACCUUCCACCUGAGGGGUAACCGAGGGGCACGCAGGGGUCUGGGUGGGAAGAGAUGGGGAGGGGGCCGUUGGAACCUCGCAGGCCCCUCUCCCUCUCAUUGUGCCCUUGGGCUGGACCUGCCGGCUCUGCCCCUUCCUGGCCUCUGCCCCACAGCCUGACUGACCCAGGGUGCACAGGGUUGCUGCAUCCCUGCCCAGAGCCCUGAAACUGGUUGGGGUGCUUUUCCUCCAUCCCAUUGUCUCUGCACCUGCCCUCUUGUUGGAGGACUGAUUGGUCAGCAUGCCACCAGCUUUCACGAGCAUUCAGUUUUUAACGUAAACAUACUCUGACCUAGUAGCGUUUAAGACAAUAUGUUAGAUUUGGGGAGAAGGCGCAGAAACCAGGAAGGGAGGAUGGGGAAGUGCACAACUGAGAUCAGGCGCCUCAGGAAAAGCAGGUGAGCACAGCCCUGCAGCUUCCUCUGGGAGUCAUUCUUGAAGGAGUGAGGUGGGGGCAAGGCCGGGAGGCCCUGGGCACAGCUUAGACCACUCAGGUGUCACCUGUGCGGGAGUGGGACCCUAUGCAGAGAAAUAGCAGACUUGGGUCUCCAUGGGGUGUCCUGAGACCCCUGUCACCCCCUCUGGGGGCUCAGACCAGCACUUGUUCACAUCGCAGCAUCAGAAGAAUAUGCCAUGUGACCUUGAGCAAGUCCUUCCCCCAUGCCUCAGUUCCCCCGUCUCCAGAGAGGACUUGACCUAUCCAGCCCUGGUAGCCUGACAUUCUGGGAACUGCAGCAAGGGGAGGGUGGUCCUCCUCAGCCAACAGGUGACUGGCGUCCCCCACAGUGGAACCUCGUGUGUGAGGAUGGCUGGAAGGUACCCCUGGAGCAGAUGAGCCACCUCCUAGGCUGGCUGCUGGGCUGCGUCCUGCUGGGCACGGGCUGUGACUGGUUUGGACGUCGGCCUGUGUUCGUGGCCUCCCUGGUGCUGGCCACGGGCCUGGGGGUCAGUGAGGCCCUGGCUGCCAGCUUUCCUGCCCUGCUGGCUCUGAGGCUGCUGCACGGGGGGGCCUUGGCAGGCUUUUUCCUUGCCCUCUACGUGGCUCGCUUGGAGCUGUGUGACCCCCCCAACCGCCUGGUAUUCUCCGCGGCAGCUGGCCUCUUCUCGGUGCUGGGCACUCUGCUGCUGCCGGGCCUAGCCCUGCUCGCACAGGACUGGCGCCUUCUGCAGGGGCUGAGCGCCCUGGUAACAGGACUCUUGCUGCUCUUUUGGGGGUUCCCAGCCCUGUUCCCUGAGUCUCCCUGCUGGCUGCUGGCCACAGGACAGCCAGCCCGAGCCAGGAGGAUCCUGUGGCAUUUGGCAGAAGCUGGGGACCCCGAGGACAGCCCGGAGGAGGAGAGCUCCCUGGCUACAGCCACAGAACUGGACAUGCUGGGUGCAGGGAGCCCUCAGCCCCAGUACCACUCCAUCCUGGAGCUCUGGCACACCUGUGUCGCCUGGAGAGAUGGACUCAUCCUGGGCUUCAGUUCGCUGAUCUGUGGGGGCAUCAGAGCCAGCUUCCUGCACAGCCUGACCCCGAGGGAGCCCGCCUUCUACCAGCCCUACUUCCUGGGCGCUGGCCUGGAGGCUGUAGCCACCUUGUUGCUGCUGCUCAUGGGGGACCGCUGGGGGCGACGCCCGGUCCUAUUGCUGGGCACCCUGGUCAUGGGCCUGGCAUCCCUGCUGCUCCUUGCUGGGACCCAGUACUUGCCAGGCUGGACUGUGGUGUCCCUCUCUGUCCUGGGCCUCCUGGCCUCCCAGGCCAUGUCUGCACUCAGUAGCCUCUUAGCGGCAGAGGUGCUCCCCACCGUCAUCAGGGGGGCCAGGCUGGGCCUCGUGCUGGGGGCUGGCUUCCUGGGCCAGGCAGCUGCCCCCCUGGCCGACCUGCACGGCCGGCGCGGCUUCUUCCUGCACCACGUAGUCUUUGCGUCCUUUGCCGUCCUCGCCCUGCUGUGCAUCCUGCUGCUGCCUGAGAGCCAGGGCCACCCACUGCCUGCGUCACUGCAGGACGCUGACCGCCUGUCCCUGCUCCACGGGGGCCACCCCUGCCGGGCCCCCCUGGACCACCUGCCACUGCUGCCAGCCUCCCACCAGCUGGCAGGGACGCCACGGGACCAGGAGGGCUGACCGGGAGCCAGGGCCAUGGAGGGGGCUCCCCCACCCCUGCUGGCUGCCGCUGCUCCUCAGGGAGCACCCACCACCCACUGUGGAGGAUAAAAGCAUCCAUGGAA